AUGCGCACCAUCUCUCCAUCGCGUACAAGUGAUGCUCACGUCGUUCAUACACGUAAUUCUUUUCGCCUCCUACCCACUCACAGCAUUGUUGUUGCUUUUCGUGUAAUCUUUACUACGAGUGUUGCUACAGUACUAUCUCCCCCAUCGAAGCGAACACACGAAUCCACCCUUUGUCUCCCGCAAUCAAUUCCCGUCCCUCAAAACCUCUAUGCCGCGUCAGCAACAACUCGGCCCCCGCUCUCUCGCCCUUUCCAUAUCCUCCUUUCUGCCGCACCUGUAGCAUCGCUUUCCCCUCGCAACCAAUCCUUCACCAUGGAUACCGCCCUACUUCAGCCAAAGCCGCACGCCUCAACCACCACAACCACCACAUACGGCUCACUCCCCACCCGCCGCCGCACAGAAUUCCCCCAAUCCUCGCCGCAGGAGCGCCCGCCCCUCACCGCCCGCCACUCCUCUGGCCCGACUCCUGUGCCCCGUCGCGUCUCAGGCUUCUCCGAUCUCGGCAUUUCCGUGUGCGGCGGCCAGCUCACCCAGCUGCAGAACGGCCUUUCUCUAGGCCUGGGCGGCUAUUCCUCGUGGGUCAACCUCUUUCUCAUCUUCGUCCCCUUCGGCCUGGUGGCUGGCUUUCUCAACGCACCCCCGAUAUGGACCUUUUCGCUCAACUUCGUCGGCAUGGUCCCGCUUGCCAUGCUCCUGGGAAAGGCCACGGAGGAUAUCGCCGAGCACACCAAUCAGACCUUUGGCGCCUUGGUCAACGUCACCUUUGGAAAUGCUGUCGAGUUGAUACUGUGCAUAUCGGCCCUGCGCGCUGGGAAGAUGGAGCUUAUCCAGAACACCAUUGCGGGCUCUGUGCUGAGUAAUUUGCUGCUUGUGCUGGGAAGCGCCUUUUUCUUUGGCGGCCUGCGCUAUCGCGAACAAGUAGUCUUACCGGCCGUGUCGGAGGCGAACGCUGACUUGCUCAGUUUCGCCGUCUUUGGCUUCUCCAUCCCGGCGCUGUUUGCAAUGGCCCUGCCGGAGAGCGCGACGAAAGCAGACGCCGAGGAGCGUAUGUCUCUCGUCACCAGCAUAUGCCUGCUCCUGAUUUACUGCAUGUAUUUAUACUUUCAGCUAUAUACGCAUGCCGAGCUGUAUGAGAGCGGCGGCUCGGCGGCGGAUAUUACCAAUGACGUGGUGGAUGUGGCGAGCUUGCCGGUCGCUCUGGGGAUUCUGAUCGGGAUGGUUGUGCUGGUGGCGUUCUCUUCGGAGAUGAUUGUGGAUUCGAUUGAUGGGUUCUCCGUGCGCGUCGGACUGGGGCAGAAGUUCAUCGCGGUCGUGCUAUUGCCGGUGGUGGGUAACGCGGUGGAGCACAUGAGUGCGAUCUUUGUGGCGCGACACAACAAGAUUGACUUGUCCAUAGGGAUUGCGUGCGGAAGCUCUGUACAGAUUGCGUUGUUUGUCGCACCGCUUCUCGUGGUGGUCAGCUGGAUGUUUGGGAAUGAGCAUUUGACGCUGAAUUUUCAGCUGUUCGAGACUAUCUGUCUUGGGUUCAGCGUGUUUGUAGUGAACGCGACGUUGAGAGACUCACGGUCAAACUGGCUAGAGGGGGCUGUGUUGGUGAUGUGCUACUUCAUCUUGACGUCGGCGUUUUACUUGAUGGGGUGAGCAACCUCUUGCUGCGUGGUUGCUCUCAGUGGUAUGGGAGGCCAUGAUGGGCCGACUUGUUUAUACUUUAUAUUUUACUGUAAACAAUUCUACUGU